UUGAGAUCAUCCAAAACACAGAGAGAGAAAUAUAUACAGUGAUAAUUGCUGGUUAAAGCUAGAAAAGAAACGAAAAGAAAAGAAAAGAUGGGAAGAGCUCCUUGCUGUGAGAAGAUGGGGUUGAAGAAAGGUCCAUGGACCUCAGAAGAAGAUCAAAUUCUCAUCUCUUACAUUCAGAGAUAUGGCCAUGGAAACUGGAGGGCACUCCCUAAACAAGCUGGUCUGUUGAGGUGUGGAAAGAGUUGCAGACUGAGGUGGAUAAACUACUUGAGACCUGAUAUUAAACGAGGCAAUUUCACUAGGGAAGAAGAAGAAACCAUCAUCGACCUUCAUGAAAUGUUGGGCAAUAGAUGGUCGGCUAUAGCAGCGAGAUUACCUGGUCGAACAGAUAAUGAGAUAAAAAAUGUGUGGCAUACUCAUCUGAAGAAAAGGCUUUCUACAACGACAACACAAAACAAUAAGAAUCAUCAUGUCGUUCAGAAAUCAAAACGACAACGCCAUCAGCAGUCGUGUGAUGAUGAUCAUCAGGUCAUUAAAAAUGAUGAAGAUGAUGAUGACACAAAAUACAACAACAACAUCAUGAUCACCAUGGAUCAAGAUGAUGAAGAAAAUAAUAAUAAUAAUAAUAGACCAGUUGUGUCGUCACCUGCUGAUCAAUCUUCAUCUUCUUCAUUUAGUACUGGUGAUCAUGAUCAUAACGACAUUAUUAAUGUCAUGGACGAUGAUUUUUGGUCAGAAGUUUUCUCAUCUGGAGAGAUUAUUAAUGAUCAUAAUACUAGUAAUUCAGAGGUAUUAUUGGAUGGUCUUUCAGUGAAUAAUCAAUUUUCAGACCAUGCCUUAAUCACUACUACAAAUCUUGACUAUGAUCAAGAUAUGGACUUUUGGUACAACAUCUUCACUAGAUCUGCGGAUUUACCAGAAUUGUUACUAUAGAAUAGAGUUGAAAUUUAUUAUUUAAAAAGAAAAAAGUUGAUUAAUAUAUUUCUGUUUCACUUCAUUGAUCAUAAUUUUUUUUAUUAUUAUUACGAAAUGUAAUUUUUGGUGGGAAAUGAGUAUUAGAAUUGUUAAUGCCAAGCUGCCCAAUUUUUUGACCUGUAGAAAGCUAUAUAAUAUAUAUAUAUAUAUAUAUAUGUAUAUGUACAAAAGCAUAUUA